CUGUUGAUAUCAGUUGCAACAAGAUUCGACAGUAAUUUUUUCCAUUGCGAGUCCCCUCGAUGUGCGAAUGCGCAGCCGACUCCCCCAUGGAACGGGAUUCACCACAUCGAUAUUACAAGAAUGUAAUUGCCCGUCGGAUUUCAAACGAAUACGUUAACGAUUACACAUGAUAUGGAAUUUCAUUAACAUCAUAUAAAUACGUACACGCGCUCGCGCGACGCAUAUUCGCGAUAACGAAAGUCGACGGUUCGUCGACUCGGGGCGACUCGGGGCAGAUAACGUCUCGCGGCGUGCCACCCGGUAUAUACGUGAUAAGAAAAUAUAUAAAGUGCGCCAAGUGUCUUUUCGCAGGCAGACGUGGAAAUCCGCGCUGGCGACAUUCCCCGCGGCCUCCGGGAGAGCCGUGCCUCCGCGGUUGCACCAAUCGCGGCCGUCCUUUCACUGUCGGAAUUCGAAGCUCGUGCUGAAAAGGCCGAUUACCCGUAUCCUAUUCCCUUUCGACUGGCUGCAACGAUCGAGGACCGAUCGCAACGACAACGUGUCGCGACAUCGGACACUUCGAAGGCCUACCUGUCUCUCUCGUCGCGGAAGAUCGGCCGAGAGCCGGGUUGCCGAACGGGAACGCGAAACGGGAGUGAUUCGCGCGAGAACUUUCACAAACGUUCGUUCGUUCGUUCGUUCGUUCGUUCUCACAUCGGGCGGAAUAGCCCAGCAGCCGCGUAACUCAGCGCGAAUAGACGUCGCAGUUUGCGAGAUCGUGCAGCCAUCGGGCUGAUAAAGAACGAAACAUGUUAACGUGUUACAUGACCGCGCUGCAAUGCGAGUGGAUCGAGAGCCGCGGGCGAUUGAAUUUCGGCGCGCCGCAGUCGCAAUUCAAGAACAACGUCAACGUCGAGGGCGCUACUCACAAGCAGGUGGUGGAUCUCAUCAAGUCGGGCGGCGAUGUUCUCACCUUGACCGUCAUCUCCGUCACGCCGCAGGAGGCGGAAAGACUGGAGCCCUGUGAUGACAUGAGCUAUGCUUCAGUGGACUACAGCGAGAAGCGGUCCCUACCCAUCAGCGUGCCGGAUUAUCACGUUCGCGAGAGAAAACACGAGCGCUACGUGGUCUUCAACGUCCACAUGGCUGGUAGGCACUUGUGCUCGCGCCGAUACCGGGAAUUCGCGGCGCUGCACAUGGCGUUGAAGAAGGAAUUCAUAGGCUUCAAUUUCCCGAAGCUACCAGGAAAAUGGCCAUUCCAGCUGAGCGAGCAACAGCUCGACGCGAGAAGGCGCGGCCUGGAGCAGUACCUGGAGAAGGUGUGCGCAGUGCGCGUGAUAGCGGAGAGCGACGCUAUGCAGGAAUUCCUGACAGACAGGUUGGAGGAGGACGGGGAUCAAGGACCAGCGGUGGAUCUGAAGGUUCUUUUGCCGGAUCGCGAGGUCGUCACCGUCACGGUCCUCAAGGCCGCGUCGGUGAAGGACGUCUACGACGCGGUCUGCUGCCGAGUCGGCCUCGACUCGGAGACGGCCAAGUACUUCUAUCUCUUCGAGAUCGUGGAAUACAAUUUCGAGCGGAAGCUGCAGCCGCAUGAGCACCCGCAUACUCUGUAUAUUCAGAACUACUCGACCGCCAGCGCGACGUGUUUGGCGAUACGGAGGUGGCUCUUCAAUGUAAAUAGGCCUCUGAGCGAGCAGGCGUUAACUUGGAUAUUCUGGCAAACGGUCGACGAAGUUAAUAGAGGUCACAUUACCGCCGGUGAGAGACUGUAUCAGUUGAAGGCUCUGCAGGACGCGUCUAGGAAGCACGAGUAUCUAAAGCUGGCAAGGGAGCUCAGCGGAUACGGAGACAUCGUGUUCCCGCAUUGCACGUGCGACUCGAGGAAAGAAGGUCACGUGGUGGCAGCGGUGGGUAUGGCGGCGUUCAAACUGCACGCCGCGAAGGAGGACGGCACGUUGGAGUCGCAAGUGGUAGAGUUUCAGUGGAACACCAUCACCCGAUGGGAGGUAGACGAGGACGGGAUGGCGUUCUGUUUCCAAUACACUCGCCAAGAAAAUCGUCCGCCACGUUGGCUCAAAGUCUUCACUCCUUAUUAUACGUUCCUCUCGGACUGCUUUGACCGAAUAGCCGAGGAAGCAAAAUGGGACGAUCCAGGGGAAUGACGUAAUGCUCGACGCUAAGUAGCGCAUCCGGUGUGUGACGUUGAGGAUGUUUCCAAACAAAUAUCCCCGCAUUCGUGUCUCUCCGUAGUCGAAAUUUUUUACUAGGAUUAGUCCUUUAAACCGACACAAGAGUCAGCGUAGUACUAUUAGCAUAUCAGAUUUUUCUAUCUGUUGGCUUCGCGAAACGUUACGUUAAGACUACGUUAGCAACGUUACACCGGUAGAGGAACGGUGUUUGUGUGAACAUACGUUGUCGUCGCUGAGGUGUCGGUGAAAAGUAGCCGGAAGAGCAAACGAAAGCACGAAAGAAACGAAGAAUAUAUAGAGACUCGACGGGUGUGAAAUGCGAGUUAGAAAAAGAUUCGUUCACGCACGAGAUUUGAAAGAAAAAAAAGAAGGAGGGAGAGGAAGAAGCAGAUGCGAUGUGUAAAUUUAGGCCGAAUUUAUCACACACCAUGCUCGUCCAUGACGAUUGCUGAAUUGUGAUGUGGUUCGCUUCGACUGAAUGUGUAAAGAAAUAAAUUCAUCUUUAUGCAAAGAGAGAGAGAGAGAGAGAGAGAGAGAGAGAGAGAGAGAGAGAGUAUAGUUUUAACAACUUCGUUUCGUCGACAAAAUGCGCGCCACUCCUUCGUUUCAUCGCGAAAAGGGGAGGGGGAGGAAGGGCGAACAUUUUGCGAGCGAGCGUGCAACACCCGAAAAAAACAUAAGAGAAUUAAAUAAGUGUGUAGGUGUGCGGGCUAUUAUUACGGAGAUACGGUCGCCCGUCUAUAGAGAGACCACCUAUCCUUUGGCCUAUAAGUUCUACAUAGCGUAUAAUUCCGUCAUCAGAGCGAAAGAAUCGAUUGAAUUACGUAAACGUUCCUUCUCGUUCGCCUAAUAGAUCUUAAACUUUCCUCCGUUUUGAUCUACAUGAGUAGUACCGAUCGAGCGAGCGAAUCACGAGGCGAAUUGUGUGCGCCACGAGGUGUCUCGUGGAGAUUUUCAGUACGCAAUAUAUUUCAUAAACGUAGCGCGGGUUUAUCGAUUCGUUACGCAAGGUACUUUGAUGUGAGAGACGUUACCGUCGCGUGUUUACGAAGGAGUUCAUCGAAUUCUAGAGAGUACAAGGAGAAGAGAGAUUGGUUGAAUCGGAAUAAGUUAGGUUCCCAAGGACCAGAACUUUUGUUUCCUUCAACCCCAAAGCACAAUGAAAUGUUUUGAUGAAACAAAAAUAGAAUUUCUCACUUGCAUGAGAAAUAUCAGUUCUUAAGAAUCAGAGGUUCCCUUUCCAGUUCCUCGAUCAAAACACAACUAAAUACGUUUCCGUCGGAGGGAACAGAGUUUCUGGCGAACGUAACCAACACGAGACACGACUAAAUGAGUAUUGGUUGAAGGAAAAUAGAAUUUCUGAUCCUUAUGAGAUUCAAUUCCUCGGUAGCAGAUUCUGUUUCCUUUAACAAAAGCGCAGGUAACUUCGCCGUUAUCACGUGGUCAGUUCUUUUAUCGCUGAACUAGUCUACACUGUCGAAAUUUAAAAAGAAACAGGCAGUUGAGACUCAGUGGAUACGAAAGGAAAAGACCCAGUCAGAAGCAUAACGUUGAUUCGCCGUUGAUUUGGCGUCGAAAUGGUCAAUGAAAUGUUGAAUUUAACGUUAAUUCAACCCUCAUCGACGUCGAAUCAACGUUGUGCUUCUGACUGGCGAGAACUAACGCAAGCUGGUGCCAGAGGAAGUGCAGCGGUAAAGAACGAGCCAACGUUAAUUCAAGCAAUCUUUCCUCCGUGUAUCAAUAGGCACGUUCGACUAAUUGCGCCGCGACUCACAAGCUCCAUUCGUGUAUGUUGAAACACAAAGUUUCCAAGACGGAGAGCAAGGGACUCGCGAGUUCCCGACAAAUUAGAUACAUAUCACAGUCGGUUCAUCGAUCUGACCCCGAUAUAAACACGAGCGUGUAUUCCUUUCUAUUCGAGCUACCUUGUGCAACGAAUGGGAUUCUUAGAACACACGCGCGGCUAAGGCUAAAGUUUUACACGCGCGGCCGUGCGUCGAGAUCAGUCCUCUACACAUUCCUGUGUAUUUCGUCGGCGUCGUCUAGCAUACUGUUGUUAAUAAAAAAAGGAGAGAAAAAUUGUAAAUAUGUUGCGAACGUACUUUUCAAGACGGAACCUAGUCAUUUCGUUAAGACGGCUGAACAAUCUCGUCUCCGCGGAACCAUGUUAAUCGCCGGAUAUACACCGCGUCGUUCCGUGUCCACAGGAGCGCAGUGAUUUAUCAAUUAACUACGCGAGCUGCGCGCGUAAAUCACGAGCGUGUGCAGAGGAUUGCGUGCAGCAGGAGGCCGCGGAUGAGCCGUCUUCGGACUCGGUAUGCUCGGUCGAAACUUCAUCGGGCUACUACUCCCUCGUCACAUGA